CUGGUUUUGUCUUUAUAUCGAGAUCCAGAUCUAUCAAUAUGGAGUCUGAAUGAAUGAAGGGUUUGGUCAGGACUAGCGCCUCCAAUGAUGAAACGCAAGGAACCUGAGAAGGGCAGGUUGGAGCAGAUCCCUCGUGAUCUGAAGAAGAAGAAGAAGAUGAGUGUGACCCAUCACCAAAAAGAACAAGUCAAGAGCCCCCGAGGAGGAGGUAAGAAGCUCGUCGUCCCUUUUGAUUUGGAGGAGGAGAUAAUGAGUAGAUUGCCUGGAAAGUCGCUGAUGAGGUUCCUAUGCGUAUCCAAGACUUGGUCUUCCCUUAUCCGAAGCCAAAGAUUCGUGGCUUCUUACUACGCUAAGAAGCCAUCCCGUUUUAUAGUCGCUUUCAGCAACAGUGUAUUUGGUGAUCCCAAGCGUCUCUUCAUCCUCACGGGAGAGGAGGAGGAAACUUCUUGUUCUUCUUCAGAAGAUUCUUUGGUUGCCAAUCUAGACAUGACAAUACCCGGAGUGACCAUAGCUCACGGCCCCUUCCAGUAUUCUUCCGUCCAUGGCUAUCUCGUUUGUUUUCAACUGUCAAAGUUCAUUAUAUGUAACCCUAGCACUGGGCAAGUCAUUCGCUUUCACGCCAAGACACAGCUCACAUCCCUGGGAUACGAUCCUGUUGAUGAUCAAUUCAAAGCGUUGACCCAGGUGUCAUGUCUCCUUCAUUCUAACCUUAGUUCCAUGACUUCCAUGGUGCACGAGGUUAUUAGACUCGGAAGACGAAGAGGAGGAGGAGGAGGAGGCGUAGUAUCUCGUAGACAGUUUACCUCCCCGCCUUAUUACCCUUUAACUUUGGGACGGAGCAUCAAUGGUUUCAUGUAUUAUGCUGCUUGGGCUCCAAGUCAGGAGGAGGGAGAAACUCCUGUGUUUGUGUGUUUUGAUGUUAGGAAUGAGAAGAUACUAAGUUUUAUCUCAGCCCCUAAGGAGGUCCUGGCUUCGGAGGCUUAUACCCGAUUGAUAGAAUACAAAGGGAAGCUAGCUGUCAUUGCAGGUAACUAUGGUUCUUCUUUCGAUCUAUGGACACUGGAGGAUGUCACCAAACAUGAGUGGUCCAAACAAACAUUUGAGCUUCCCUUGUCCGAGGCUUUGAUUUCCCAAGGAACCAACAAGGCUGGUGAAAUCGUUUUCUCCCCAUCAUCUCUCCCUGGCCCUGCCCAGCCCUUCUAUGUUUUCCACUUCAACCCUGACACCAAAAGCACCAGAAGAGUCAGGAUCCACGGUGUCGCUGAUACUCAAGAGUUCUGGACCCGUUACGGACUCUCUGCCACUGACCCCUGUUGCGCCGUUUUCUCACCCCAACACGCUGAUACUAUUGCUUUUUUAUAAAUUUAUAUAUGUGUGUCUUUAUCAUCAUGUAAGAGCUUGCUUGCGAGACUAACAAAACAUUUCUUUUCCUUUUUUCUUUUUUUUUAUAUUUAUGCAGCAAACUUUGUUUUUGUUUAUCUUUAGUGACAAACUUGCAUUUGUUUCUUUAUUGAAAAGUCUCACAACUCUUUACUUAUAUAUAUAUAUCUGUAUAUACUAGAUCUCUUCUUUCAACUUGUAUUGCUACUGUGUUCUCUGUUUUCAGUCAAUGAUAGUUUCCUUGCGAC